UAUCUUGUUACUGUGUUUUACGGUGUGUUGGAUAUGGAGCUCUGCAGUAACUUGAGUUGUGGCUCGACAUGUAUGUAAACUGCUUUGGGCCGCUGUCCAUGGUGCUGAAAAGGUGAGUUUCUGUUCUCUGUAUUGAGAUUUGGGUGCUGUCCGUGGUGAUAAUAUUGUAGCGCACAUUUUGCGGUUAAUAUUCUGUAUCGUAGUGUUAAAGAACUGAAUACAGACAUUUGCCGUGUACAGAUAUUAUCCCAAUGCGUACUGACAUCAAUUUAUUAAACUAGUAUACAUAUCUCACAGAUAAAGAUUCUUCUAUUAACAGUCUAAAAGUUGAGCCUAAGUCUUCCAGUAACAACCCACACAUUUUAGUUCAUUAUUCAGCAUAGAUUUUCUCAUUAAUGCUGUUUAUUGUAGCUUAUACCAAACAUCUCAUUUUCUGCUUUGGGCCGUCUUUCUGUAUACAAAAGUGUCACAAGAUGUCGCUGGAGACCAUGCAAAAAUAUUGUGCUCACCAUCUAGAAACCCCUCCUCUACUUAUGACAAAACAGAGAACGUCAUCAUCUGGCAGUGCUUUGUGAAAAUAGCGUAGAGACGAGUGGAGCCCUGAAGAGAGAGGACACGAAGCGAGGAUGGAUACAUAACAAGGAUAUUUUUCACUUGUCGUGGAGAGGCCGAGAGGCAGGAAACGGAUUUGUUGCUUUUGCCGAAACAGCGAUGGCAGCUCGGGAACAAUGGGAUAUUAUCUGGGGUGUGUUUUUCAUUCUGCUUUGUCUCUGCGACUCCUCCGUGGCUCAAAUAUCCUACUCAGUUUCAGAGGAGGUGGACAAAGGGACCGCGGUGGGAAAUCUCGCUAAGGAUUUAAACCUCAAUGUGCAGCAACUCCAGUCCGCGGGUCUUCAGAUCACCUCUGGGUAUAAAACGAGGUAUUUUGACAUAAAUCGUGAAUCUGGAGUUCUUUUCGUUAACGAGAGGAUAGAUCGGGAGGAGCUUUGUCCUAAUACGGUAAAGUGCUCUUUAAAUAUAGAGGCCACGCUGAGUAACCCUCGCAGCCUCCAUCGAAUUGAAGUUGUUAUCAAUGAUAUUAACGACAAUGCUCCGUCUUUUCUGGAAGACAUAGCUACAAUAGAUAUGUCUGAGUCUUCAUAUGUCGGAGAGAGGCAUCCACUGCCGACAGCGCAUGAUGCAGACGUAGGUGCUAAUUCGGUUAAGACUUACAAAUUGAAUCCGAAUGAGUAUUUUUCUUUGGACAUACAGGACAUUGGAGACCAGAGUGUGUCUGCUGAGCUGGUGCUGCAGAAAGCAUUAGAUCGAGAAAAGCAGGCUGUUAUUGAACUCACACUGACGGCGAUAGAUGGAGGGAAACCUCCCAAAACGGGGACUUCACAGAUACAAGUUAAUGUACUGGAUGUAAAUGACAAUUCUCCUGUGUUCAGUAAAUCUCUUUACAAGGUCCAGGUUGUUGAAAAUGCAAAUAUUGGCACAACGUUAUUAACACUAACAGCUACUGAUUUAGAUGACGGUGUAAAUGGUCAAAUUAUAUACUCUUUCACUGAACGAGGACGUUUAAACCGAGAUUAUAAAUUUGCCCUUAAUGAGAAUACUGGAGAAAUUACUGUAAAAGGCAAUAUUGAUUAUGAGGAAAAUCAAGCACAUGAGAUUCGUGUUCAAGCGCGAGAUAGAGGCACUCCUCCUCGCAGUGCACAUGGCAAGGUUUUAGUCGAAGUUAUCGAUGUCAAUGACAACGCUCCAGAAAUCUUGGUUUCAUCACUGAUGAGUCCAGUGAAAGAGGACGCUGAAAUAGGCACAGCUGUUGCCAUGGUGACUGUCACUGAUAAAGAUGGAGGCAAAAUGGUCUGA